AUGGACCAAGAAGACGAGACCCGACAUACAUUUGCCCAAGAAGAUCACCAGGUGGCUUACAUCUUUGACCCAGACCAAGAUGGCGAGUCUCGUCAGGAUCAAAGAGCUCCCAAGAGGCGACGAGUAACCAAGAGCGCCACAAAAAGGGGUGGGAAGGCGCAAGAUGACACUCUUUUUGUGCCGCUACUGAAUGGCGCUGAGAAGGCAGAGUUCGUGAGGUUGAGGCAAACCAGGUUUGAGGAGGCGUGGGGGAUGAUUGAUCAAAGGAUUCAGGGCAUUCUGAGAGACUCCAACUCAGCGACCUUGGACCAGGUAUCUACAUUUGUGAAUGAUGCCGCAUCAACGUGCAUCGACCAGAUACCCUCGGUGUUUGUCGUCACAGGACCGAACAUCGCUUCGCAGGACUUGUUGUUUGAACAGUUGUCUGAGUCACUGGGCCAGCAGUCCACGAGCCGAUUUGUGCGAUUGAAGUCUUCUGAGGCGGUGACGCUCAAAGCUGCGCUGAAGAAGACGAUUAGGGAUGCCAUGGCGACUGUAGUAGAUGGCGAUGAUGAAGACUUGCAGGUUGAAGGGACGCAGGAUGGCCGACGAUAUCUUGACUACGACCUGGAGGCUUUAGAAGCUUUCAUCAAGCCGCUCAACUGUGAACAUGUUUUUGUCGCUUUCCAGGAUAGCGAGGGCUUCGAUAGCAGCCUCCUAUCCGACCUGAUUACUCUUUUCCACUCUUGGCGGCCCCGGAUUCCAUUUACUUUGCUUUUUGGCAUCGCCACCUCGGUAGAGCUCCUGCAGGCACGGCUCCUGAAGUCUGCUUGUCGCCUGAUAUACGGAGCGCAAUUUGAUGCCGCUCAGGCAGGCAAUAUUCUGGAGACGGUAUUCAAAGGCGCUGUUGCUGCUGCGGAUGUUCCAGUGCGAUUGGGCGCUCCUCUUCUCAGGAGCAUGUUGGAUCGACAGCAUGAGCAAGUAGCUGGUAUCCAGUCGUUUAUCAGCUCACUGAAGUACGCAUAUAUGUGUCACUUUUAUGCAAACCCACUUAGCAUCCUUUGCUCUGGUGAAGACGAGGAAGCCCCCCAGCUGGAACACUUGGAGGCAUCUCGAAAUUUACCUUCCUUUCGUCACACAGUCGAACGGGAAGUAGAAAAGAGCACACAUGAGUCACUUGAGCAUGCCAAGGCCUUGCUUGAAAAUAACGAAUAUCUCGUCAAUCAAAUUAGAAGCGGUCACAGAAACAGACAAACCUGGGCAUCAAGAUUCCUCCGGUCCCUUCUGAUACUGCAGGCGGCUGGAGCGCAACGGACCUCAUUUUCAAGAGCAUACGUUGACGGCAUGGUGGGCGGUGCACCUAUGUCGCCAGAAGGCUCGAAUCUAGUGCAGUGUAUACGCAUGAUGAAGCCCGAGGAACUACCUGGACUGCUUGCUGCCGUGAUUGCAAUUUUCAGGGACGGAGAUGGAACGCUGCACUUGGAUCCAUCUACGGAAGAGAAGGAUGAACAGCUGCAAAGGACACUUGAAACCCAACUCGAGGAGCUGGAGCAGCUCAAAGCCAAGGCAGACGAGGAGGGAACUUCACUACGAAGCAAAUACAGCGGACACAGCAAAAUCAUGCGCACCACCGUCAUUGCACAAAAAGUCCAGCUUAGCCAAGACUCAGCAGCGCUUCGCGACCAAGACAAGCGACUGACAGAAAUCGUGGAUGAGGUCACGGCUGCACUUUCUACGCACUAUCCAGACACGAACCCCAAUCAUGUCCUCUUUGCAGAGUGCUGGCUCUACGAUUCUAGGUCCCCUUCUCGAGAAGUAUUUGUUCCUCGACCACGGGCAGCAUUCGAGCGCAGUCUUGGCCGUCCCCACGACUAUCUGAACUGCUCGUGCUGCGAACCCGAUAGCCAGGGUCUGCAGGCCACUCUCCCGGCUACAUCGAUUCUGUACCAACUCUAUCUUGAAACCGGUAAUCUCAUCAACGUCGCGGACCUGUGGUCUGCAUUUUACGCAUUAGUAAGUCAGACGGAGGAGGACGAGCGCAAAGCACUCGUCAUGUUUUAUCGGGGCCUCGCAGAGCUACGAGCUCUUGGAUUUGUGAAAGGCAGCAAGAAAAAGGUCGAUCAUAUCGCCAAGGUCAAGUGGCUCUAG